AUGGCUGAGGAAGCUGUGUUGGGAUUUCUUGAAAAUAAUGAGGAGAUAUCGGAUUCUGGGAAGUUUGCGGAGCAGAAAGGAAUUAGCCACGAUGAGAUUGUGAACAUCGUGAAAAGCCUCAACGGCUUUCGUCUUGUUGAUGCCCAGGGACCAUUCACUCCCAAAAGAUACUAUUCAAUUGAUCGUGUCUUCAGAAAUGAAGCUGUGGACAGAACUCAUCUAGCAGAAUUCCACCAGAUAGAAGGGUUAAUUUGUGAUCGUAAUCUUACUCUUGGACACUUGAUAGGAGUCCUUAUCGACUUCUUCUCUCGUCUAGGGAUGUCCAAGAUUAAGUUCAAGCCGGCCUACAAUCCUUACACCGAGCCCAGCAUGGAAAUCUUCAGUUAUCAUGAAGGUUUGCAGAAAUGGGUCGAAGUUGGAAACUCGGGUAUGUUUAGACCAGAAAUGCUGCUUCCGAUGGGGCUUCCGGAAGAUGUUCAGGUCAUAGCAUGGGGGCUUUCACUUGAAAGGCCGACUAUGAUUCUUUACGGUAUUGACAACAUCAGAGAUCUUUUUGGUCACAAGGUUGAUCUCGAUCUCAUCAAAAGAAUCCGAUUUGCCACCUUGGUCUGUAGUCGUGAUGCUUGA